UGUACAUUCGUGUAUGUCUCAGUUUGACCUUUUUAGUGAAUAUACUCAAACGUAUUCCUCAAGUGGGCCAUUCGAAAUGAUGGAAUACAUCGAGCCUGUUACGUUCCCCCAGCUGAGACACGUGAAACUCUGGAGACCCCCAGUUUUCAAUUUAUGUAACCAGAUCUACACCGUGGCCCCUGUGUUGUUGCCUGGUCCCCCGUAUCCCAAUGACAACACGGAUUCAACAGAGUCUCGGGGUAACGCCACAAACAAUGAAUAUCUAGACACCCAAAGUAAAGGCGACGCUUCAUUGAUUAUUAAUGCGACCAAGUCACCCAAUGAGGAUAGCAGUUGUGAGGAGUCACUAAAUGAGGACCCAUAUUCUAUUGUGGAAGAGUCUAAGUCACUAGACGAGGACAACAGUUCUCUGUAUAAGAAGUCAGUAAAUGAAGACACGUAUACCAAGUCGCAACACGAAGAAGAAAGUUCACAAAUUGAUGACCCUAUAUUCCUAAUUGAGGACAGCUCUGAAAUCAAUGACACUUCUUCAUUACAUAAAGACAAUGGCUCCAUAUUUGAUGACUCUGAGUCUCUUAAGGAAGAAAGUACGUCUGAUGUUGAGAAAGACAAAGCACUAAGUGAGAACACAUGCAACUCUUCACCACUUAACGCAUGUAAGGAUGUACACAACUCUAUCUCAGUUGUUGAGCUGAAAGAUGACAAUAAUUGUAGUGACUCCAGUUCUGUUAUUGCAACGUCACUAAUUGAUGAUGAUACCUCCGUAAUUGAUGAGUCACUAAAUGAGACUAAUAACUCUGUGAGUGAUAUCUCUAAAUCACUAAACAAGGACAAAAAAUCUGUUAUGUGCCAGAAUGAGGUACCAGUUAAGAAAUAUAGCUCUAUUCUUAACAAAUCUCUUAACGACGAUUCAAUGAUUGAAACAAGUAAUACAGUAAAUGAGGAAGGUUGUUAUGUACUCGAUUCCACACCAUCCAAUAACAGCGACUCUAAAACUACUGAAUCAUUAGGUGAAGAAAUUCAAUGUUUAAUGAUUGACCAAGAUGAGUCCCUCAAUGAAGAUUCCAAGCUUGAAACAAUACACUCUCUAGAAACAUUCAUUCUAGACGAUGGAGAUUCGAUACCCACAGGGCAUGUAGAAGAAAUGAUAGAAUAUGACUUCUCACAAAAUAUUGACUCUAGUUGCCCUGAUGACCCAGGUAUUGAUGCGUCCAAUGAAAAU